AUGGUCUGGCAGAACUUUGCACCUGAAAUACCUCGGUUACCAACUCUUGAAUUGAUCCUUGUUGGUAUUAUGCCACUUGUUCUCACUCUCUGUGGCACAAUUUGUAACCUGUUAUGCAUUAUUGUACUGCUGUCUAAACUGCGACGGGAGGCUUCACGUAAUAGUCACCGGGUAUCAACUAAUGUUUAUUUAAUUUGCUUAUGUUUCGCUGACACCAUAGCACUGUAUCAAUUCAAUCUAGAUAAUUCGGUCGCAAAUUUAACUGGUAAAAGUAUAAUGAGUCGUUCGUUGAUUACAUGUAAAUUACUCGAGUUUUUUGGUUAUUAUACUCUACAUUUACCAGUUGCUUAUUUAACAAUGGCAACUAUUGAUCGUACAUUCAUGUUAUGGUCACCUGCAUACAAACGAAAAAUAGCACACCCGAAACAAGCAUGGAGAAUAUGUAUCUCAAUAGCUGGUACAUUGCUGCUAACGGACUGUUUCUUACUUGCUUUGGGCUACGUAGACGCUGAUGGUACUAUUCAAUGUUUUCACUCAACAAAUGCCGCAUUAUACAAGGCCUUUCUUUUAUAUCUAACAUGGUUUCAUCUAGUAUUGAUGACUAUGGUACCAUUUGCUGUCAUGCUACUGUGCACAUUGCUAACAAUCAUUAAAUUAGUUCGCUUACCACGAGUAAAUGAAGCAUCAUAUUUGCGUAACAGACGAAUCUCAAUCAUGUUAGCGUGCAUGUGUAUUACCUACAUUUUAUUAACGUUACCAAACCGUCUCUGUUUUAGCGUAUUAACUCCACUUGUGGAAAGCUCAAUAGCAGCCAAUGUAAUAUUCUCAUUAACAGAUUCUCUAACGUAUUUAGCAAGUUCAUUAAAUUAUCUUUUUUUAUCUGUUACUGUUAAAGGAUUUUGGACAGAUUUACGGAGCUUACUUACCAUGAGAAGAUUCCAUUCACAUACAACAGAGACAACUGCUAGUACAUACUUUUAG